CGCAGGCGCGCGGGGGGGCCGGGCUGGACCCGCCGCCGCCUCCCGGUCCCGGCCGCGGUCCAGCGCUGCGGGCACUGUCGCGGGGGCUGCCGCGGGGGCUGCUGUGGGCAGCUGGGGCUGAGGCGGGCACAGUGCCGCCGCUGCCUCGCGGAGGCCGCGUUAGCCCUCGCGGGAGGCCUGCGGGGAGGCAGCGGGCGAUCGGGACGGGGUUGAGGUGGCUGACCUCUGCAGGGCCGUGUCCCGCCUAGGAAUCGCCCGCUUGCUGUAAUGCUUAAAAGAAAGUUACUGCCUUAUGCUUUUAUGGUGUCCAAGCUCACCUGUUGAUGCUUCCUUUGUAACUUCAUGGUAAAACAGCUUCUGCAAGUAUCAAUUUGAUUACCAGAUCAUCUGGAUCCAGAGAUCGCUUUUACUGAAAUGUGGACUGCCAAAAAGCUUUUUAGUGCUCAAAUACUGUUGCUCCAGAUGAAAGAAGGCAAAUUCUGUAGUUGCAUGUUCCCCAAAACUCAGCAGUUCUGGAUUGGAAUUCCAAGCUAUUGUGCUAUAAGAGUGCCACAUAACAGAGUUAAAUUCCAAGUUUCCAAACUAAAUGAUAAACAAUCAGUAGUUGGUAGAAGAAUGGCUACUAGUGCAGAGGGAACCAAAAUAGCUGUUGGAAAAAGUCCCAGUGGAGUAUGUGAUGGAAGACAACAUACAUUACAAGCCCAAAUGAAACACAUCAACCUGUCCUUUGCAGCUUGUGGCUUUCUGGGCAUUUACCACUUGGGGGCAGCAGCUGCUUUUCACAGGCAUGGUAAGAAGUUACUGAGAGAUGUGAAAGCUUUUGCGGGAGCUUCUGCGGGAUCUCUGGCUGCCGCUGUCUUGUUAGCAGUGCCAGAAAAUAUAGAGAAAUGUAAGCACUUUGCCUAUGGAUUUGCAGAGGAAGUCAGAAGAUUGAACUUUGGUGCUGUAACACCUGGUUAUGAUUUUAUGAAAACACUUAGGGAGGGCAUAGAGUCUAUUCUUCCUUCUGAUGUUCACAAGAUAGCUGAGAACCGGCUCUAUGUGUCAGUCACUAACUCAAAGAGUGGGGAAAAUCACUUGGUUUCAGAUUUUGCCUCCAGGGAGGAUCUCAUUAAGGUCCUGCUAGCAAGUAGUUUUAUACCAGUGUAUGCAGGAAUUAAGCCAGUGGAAUUUAAAGGACAGAAGUGGGUUGAUGGUGGCCUUACCAAUGGCCUUCCUAUCUUGCCUUUUGGAAGAACUGUGACAAUUUCCCCUUUCAGUGGUCGAUUAGAUAUCUGUCCACAAGAUAAAGGGCGUGUGGACCUGUAUGUUAAAUUAGCAAAACAAGAUAUGAUGCUUCUUGCUCUGUUGCAGCUGUCUCUGGCCAACCUAGUAAGACUUAAUCAAGCUUUGUUCCCACCAGACCAGGAGAAAAUGGAAUCGUUGUACCAAAAUGGCUUUGACGAUGCUGUACGCUUUUUAUUGAAAGAAAACUGGUUUGAGUAGACGGCUCAUAGAAAAUUAGCAAAACAUGAUGCCUGUCAAAACACAGCUACAGGCAUCCUAGAGAAUCUCAGGGAUUGCUGCCCCAGUUCCUGUUCAUGAAAAUAAGAAUCCCAAUGGACUUGCAUCUGCUUCUGCUGCGAAAGUAUCAGUUGCACUCCACGGAGCUGUAGAAACAUGUCAGAACAGGAGCUGGACGUGCCUGGUGGAUGUCUUGUUUUGAGGGGGUUCCACUUAGAUUCAUUUUGCUUCAGCUGGGGAUUUGAGUGUGGGAUUUGUAAAAAGCUUGUGUUGUUAUAAUUACAGAAAUUUGGAAAAGUCUUUUUCAGUGUUAUUUCAGAGAAGAAUUGAUGUUACAUCAUGAAAAAUUACAGUCUGUAUUAUACACUUAACAGAAUUCUGCAUAUUAGUUCUGCAUAUUAAUUGGAUGCUCACAGUGUUACUGAUCUAAAAUAUAACUUGCACUGUUCUAAAGAACUUGAAAAUUAAGUACUAGCCAUGAGAAAAUAAAACAUUUGCACUCAUGUAUUUUUUCAUAUUAAAAGUUCUUUUAAUGUGAAAAUUAAAUGCUUUCUUUUAAAAUUUUAAAUACUACUGAAGUUUUUAACAGAAAUGUGAUACAAAAAUAACUUGUAAAGAAUGGUGUAAAAAUUGUUAUAUUUAUUGUGUUUUCUUCCUCUUCCAAAAUUGAAUAAAUAUAUUUUCUUGAAAC